AUGGGAGAAGCCGCUGCUUUAAAGGUCAUUGGUGUUAAAAAACAUUUGGAAAGUCCUAUACAUGGAGGUUAUGAGGGAACCCUUAUACUUAUGCAUUUAAGUUUACAAUAUUUCAGAGAGAUAUUUCAUGCUCGUGUAACGUGA